UCAAAAUUUGAGUGCAUGCACUCAUCAUGGUCCCUCAUUCAUUCAUUAUAUAGUUCCCAUAAACACUAAAUGCACACAAUAACUUAACAGAGAGAAAGAAACCAGAGAGAGAGAAAAUAAUAAAUAAAAACAAUGGAAGGAGGAGGAAUGUUAUCAUCUUCAUCAUCACAUUCACAAAACUAUAUCUACAGAGAGUGUUUAAGAAACCAUGCAGCAAGCCUUGGAAGCUACGCCACCGACGGCUGCGGUGAAUUCACCAUCGACGACUCAUCGCCAUCCGCGGUAAACAGCCUCCAAUGUGCAGCCUGCGGCUGUCACCGGAACUUCCACCGCAAAAUAACCGCGAUCACAAGGGAGAGUGCCGCGGCUGCUGCAAUGUCGGAUCAGAUGAUGGAAUAUUCCGGUGGAGGAGGUAGUGGAAGUGAUGGGAGGAGGAAGAGGUACCGGACGAAAUUUACGCCGGAUCAGAAGGAGAAGAUGAUGGGAUUUGCUGAGAAGUUAGGAUGGAAAUUGCAGAGAAAAGAACUUGAUGAAGAGAUUGAAAGGUUUUGUGAAAGUGUUGGUGUGAGUAGACAAGUUUUUAAGGUUUGGAUGCAUAAUCAUAAGAAUUCUUGUUUCUCAAAUUCUUCUGAUCCUUCUACUGGUAAUGCUAAUUCCUCUCUUACUCAGUAGUGUGUGUGAAGAAUUUCAAUUACUUCAUUUCACUAAUCAAAUCUUAAAUAGAGAGUGGAUUUAGAAAAUUAAUGUAAUGUCUUAAUUAUUAUUGUUUUUUGUUUUUUUUUGUUUUUUUAAUUUAAUGUGUCAUUUUCUUUGUUUUUUCUUGCUCUUUUAUCAUCAAGGCUUGAGUGUAAUAAUUUUUAUGACUUAUCCUCAUUUGCUUAGGGA